AAGUAUAUGAUAGACAAAUGGAAGAAUUAUGGCAUGAAAAUGAAAAUGGUGUCGUCAUUACGCAAAUCAUAAAUAAGGUGGGACCCACCACGUCCCCUCAUUUUAAACUUGUUUACAAUUUCAGAUUAAUCUCUGAACUCUCUUCUCUUUUCUCUUGGCUCAGUCACUCAGUCACCACUACAUUACUACAUGCCAUCAAAGUCCACACCACACAAACAAACGACUUGUGGAAAAAUUAUGUCACAAACUGACAAACGUUAACACUUCCUUACUCCUUACCCUUCUCUCUCUCUCAAUUAUCGGAUUUCACUUUCAACCCCAUGGCAGCGGCGGCGGCGUGCGCCUUCCAGACCGCGGCUCGGACGUUGGCGUGUCGGGACGGGGCGGCGGCGGCGCGGCUGAAGAUGACGUCAAUCUUCGUCAUCUUCUUCACCAGCGUAAUCGGCAUACUCUCCCCGGUUCUCCUGGCUCGGUACUUUCAAGGCAAACCGGCUUACGAUAAGGCCACCCUCUUAAUCAAGUGCUUCGCCGCCGGAGUCAUUCUCUCCACCUCGCUAGUCCACGUACUUCCCGACGCCUUCGCCGCUCUCUCCGAUUGCCACGUGGCUUCGCUCCACCCCUGGCGGGACUUCCCUUUCGCCGGUCUUGUGACGUUGAUCGGUGCCCUCGUCGCUCUCCUCGUUGACGUCACCGCCACCGCGCACGCCGGGCUCCACGGAGGCGGUGACGCCGCUGAAUACAAGCCGGUGGGGACGAAGGAGGAGGUGGCGGCGACGGUUGAGAAGAAGGAAUCGGCCGAGUCGAGGAUCGAAUUGGGUGCGUUGGGUGGGGCGAUUAUUCAUUGUGGGGAUAGGGAGGUUGGGGCGGAGCGAGUGGAGUCGGCGGAGGAGGAUUUGGUGAGGCUGAAGCAGAGACUGGUGUCGCAAGUGUUGGAGAUUGGGAUUAUAUUUCACUCGGUGAUUAUCGGCGUCACCAUGGGAAUGUCUCAGAACCAGUGCACCAUCAGACCUUUGGUCGCUGCACUGGCGUUUCAUCAGAUUUUUGAAGGCAUGGGUCUCGGCGGCUGCAUUGCACAGGCAAGGUUUAGCUUCGCAACGACAGCAUAUAUGUGCUUCAUGUUUGCAGUGACGACACCAAUGGGGAUAGUACUUGGGAUGAUACUGUUCUCGGCCACGGGGUACGACGACAGUAGCACAAACGCCUUGAUUAUGGAGGGUUUGUUGGGCUCUUUCUCUUCAGGAAUACUAAUAUACAUGGCUCUCGUCGAUCUUAUAGCUCUUGAUUUCUUCCACAACAAAAUGAUGACUUCCGUUUCAUGGUUGAAAAAGGCUUCUUUCAUUGCUCUUGUUCUUGGCUCUACCUCAAUGUCUAUCUUAGCCCUUUGGGCUUAAUAAACUUUCUUUUGCUACGUUCCAUUUAUCACCAGUAAUUAAGGAAAAUAAUCACCAAAAGAAAACAGAAAAGAAAAUGUAUAGCAGGUUUUGUUAUUAAUGGUUGCUUAUAGUUAAAAGUUGUAA